CCACCUGAGCGGACCGCAGUGCAGGCGGCAGCCACCAGGGCCAACACCUCUCAGCAUCUCUGCUACACGUGUCACUGAGCAACCUCUCCAUGAAGCCGCCCUCCACGCAGAGCAGCCCCGCGGCCGUGGCGGCCGCAGCCCCGGCCAUGGACUCCGCGGCCGCUGCAGACCUGACGGACAUGCUGUGCGAGUUCGACGCGGUGCUGGCCGACUUCGCGUCGCCCUUCCACGAGCGCCACUUCCACUAUGAGGAGCACCUGGAGUGCAUGAAGCGGCGCAGCAGCGCCAGCGUCAGUGACAGCAGCGGCUUCAGCGACUCCGAGAGUGCAGACUCGUUGUACAGGGACAGCUUCACCUUCAGUGAUGAGAAGCUGAAUUCUCCGACGGACUCCACUCCAGCCCUCUUGUCCUCCGCUGUCACUCCUCGGAAAGCCAAAUUAGGUGACACUAAAAAGCUCGAAGACUUCAUCGCUGAUCUGGACAGAACCUUAGCAAGUAUGUGAAGCAAGGAGUUUGAGAUUCUUAUGCCACAAGAGUGAAACUCCAGAAGGCUACGCCAGGCCCUGGCAAAAUCGGCUACUAAGUCUGCUGCGGGAGCCGGCAGAGCUCGCGGCAUCCGGCCCUUCUUGGUUCGCCAUAACUUUAGCCAUUGGUCCAUCUCUGGGCAGUUCAGACAAUGAGGCUGACUUUGUUUACCUGCCUGCACCAUAUUCAACAGAUGAUCUAUCUAAUGUGUUUUUACUCCUUAAACAUAGCUCUUCUAUAAAUUAAAGUGCUUUUAUGGAAAUAUUUGUAAUUACUUAUAUAUAGUUGGAGGUCAUAAUAAGCUUUCCCAUCAUAUUAUAUUUUUGUAUACAAAUAAAAUUUAAACUGGGAAAAAAAAAAAAAGAAAA